AUGAACUUGUUGGAUUCCAUCCAGGACAUGUCAUCCAAUCCAGGACAGAACCCGCCCCCGACGAAAGCGGUAAACAUCCCGAAUGCUUCAGCCUCAUCUUCGCCAUUCCACCAUACAACUCUCACAGAGAACAGCGGGCAAAGGCGCGUAGGUGGUUCGGGAAGCGCGCGAACAGGGGUAUCUUCCAGGACUGCGGCUACUGCAAGGAAUAAUCAAGCUCGGAAGAAUCAACACAACCGACAGAGAAAACCUCGGCUGUUGGAUGAUGACGAGUAUAACGAAUCGGCCGCCAUGAAAUCAACUACCAGCCGUAAGGGACAGACGUCCAUUACUCACUUGAUGAACUUUUCCCUCCCGCCGCGUCCACAGUACCAACCUCCCCCUCGCAAUGUGCGACGGUAUACAUCCUGGGGUGCAGGUACAGUGGACAAAGCGCGCUAUGUUCAUGCCAACUAUCGGUUUAUCGUGAUGCCGAACCAGAACUUCCACGCCCAAGCCGCCAAUGCCGAUGUCCACCUCGACUGGGCUUCGGUUUUACAAGUCUUAGUGUCGGCUCAAACCCAGGCAGCCAGCUGUCCCAUAUGUCUUUGCACUCCUGUGGCGCCUCGUAUGGCACGCUGCGGUCAUAUAUUCUGUCUUCCAUGUCUGAUUCGAUACAUGCACGCGUCUGACGACGACAAUCAGAUUCCAGAAAAGAAGCAUCGUUGGAAGAAAUGCCCUAUCUGCUGGGACUCGAUUUACAGCUCAGAGACUCGACCGGUUCGGUGGUUCCGUGGCCAAGAAGGCGACUUGCCUGUCGAAGGUGGCGAUGUUGUGCUAAGACUAGUGAAGCGAGAGUCCGGUAGUACUCUUGCCUUGCCUCGUGAUGGAUCUGGACCGCUUGGUCCGGGGGAAGAUGUCCCAUGGUACCACGUUGCAGAGGUGGCCGACUAUGCACGAAUCAUGAAAGGGGGUGAAGACUAUAUGUGUGCUCAGCAUGACACCGAAAUCGAAAACCUCCGCCAACAGGAGGCCGAAGACGAACUCAUGUUUGGUGAUGAAAAUACGUGGACCCGGAAAGCUAUCAACUCGAUUUUGGAUGCCAAGGAGAAGCUGAAAGGCAUUGGCAAUCCACCCGAAGUGCGACCUGUCAAAGUGGAAGACCUUUCUCAGGCGUUCAGUGAAGUCCAAAUCGACUCUGAGCCCAACGCCAGAUCGAAAGAUAAAGGCCGCGGCAAAUUACCGCAGCCCCCUCCCGAGUCAGAUCACCCCUACCACUUCUACCAAGCCCUACCCCAAUUUUAUCUUUCCUCGUUGGAUAUCCGUAUCCUGAAGGCUGCCUUUGAGGAAUAUGCCCUUUUCCCGGCCACCAUCCUACCUCGAGUGGAGCACAUCUCCACGGGGCAUAUUGUUGACGAUGAACUUCGCAAACGAGUGAAAUAUCUCGGCCAUCUGCCCCAGGGAUGUGAAGUGAAUUUCCUGGAGUGUGACUGGCGAGACGUGGUUGUUCCCGAGGUUUUGAACCGCUUCCGAUCCGAGACUGAUCGACGACGGAAGCGGAAUCGGGAAAAGGAAGCCCGAGAGGAAAAGGAUCGCGUUCGCGCUGAGAAAGAAGAGGAUGAUAAACGAUGGGCAGCUGCUCGACGCAAGCGGCCCAGUAUUGGUGCCGCCAGUGCUAGUGAGGCACCGUUCCAUGCCCGUGAUUUCCAACCCCUUCCCAGCAACAGUGAUCCCGUAUUCGAUGCGGGCACUUCGUCUGCCUCUCCUCCACGCUCUGCUUCUGGAUUCGGGGCCCUAGCGUCGCCCUCUACCAGUCCCCCGGGCACCCGCACCGUUUGGGGCACCACCGCCGUGGGCUCUCUGUCACCCAGCCUCGAGGCUCAGGGCGCUCGUGUAGGUGAUGGGUGGCGACAGGGCUGGGAAGAUGAGCUGUUCGCUCAGCAAGAAUCUGAGCUUCUGGCCCAGACCACGUUGGAGCCUUCUGCGCAGGCUCCCGCUGGCAAGAAAAAGAAGAAACCCAAACAAAAGAUUACCUUGAUGGCGACAAACAGCCAAAGAGGGGCAUAG